UUGAACGUUCAUUAUACGCAUACACAUCGUGAUAAACCACAGUAUGAAUGUGAUGAAUGUCACACUGUUUUUGCGGUAAAGCGUGAACUGCGAACACAUAUGAGAAUACACAGUGGUGAACAGCCGCAUACAUGCACUCAAUGCGGUAAACAGUUUGGAACUCGGCAACUAUUAAAAAAGCAUUGGAUGUGGCAUACCGGUGAAAGAUCGCACGUUUGUCCACAUUGUGGAAAAGCAUUUUUCCAGAAGGGUCAUUUGACACAACAUCUUAUGAUUCAUGCUGGUGGACGUCCACAUCAAUGCCAGCUUUGCCAGAAAACAUUUAUUUUCAAAUUUGACCUCAAUCGUCAUAUGAAAAUCCAUGCAGAACGCGGAUUUUCUUGCGAAAAGUGUGGAAGAUCAUUUUUAAAACAACUGCAGCUGGAUGAACAUGUUUUAAAGUGUAAAGGAUCAAAUGCUAAUAGAAGCCAGUCUGGAACACGUACCAAUACUCCAAUGAGCGAAGUAAACAAGUUAGAUUUACAGUCCUCACGACAUCAAUCGACUCCAGUACGUCCGAUUAAUUUUUCGCAAGAGGAGAUGACAAAAGUUGCUCAAGUGUUGGUUGCUCAACAACAACAACGUGCUUUGGCUGCAGCAGCUGCGGCACAGCAGAAUAUUACCCAAACUGCCAAUCCUUUGCUUCAAACAAACGUGCUUCAAAAUUUUGCACAAAAUUUAUUAGCUAACGGAAUUAACAAUCAACAAGCGCAACAGAAUUUCUUUUGUAUUUUCUGUAUGAAACAUUUCAACAGCCAAGCUUCAUUUACUCUUCAUCUUAGUGUUGUACAUUUUCGAAAUGGGGUUUUGAAUCCCUUACCCCAGAAUGUAACAUCGAAUUCGGAAUCUGCUGAGACUGAUGUCAACUUUAACAAUCCUUCGCUGUUGUCACCUUCAUUGUUUGGUCCUCCAGCAGCCUUGAAAACGUCGUCCGAAGAGUCUAUGAACGUACAUUCAGAUACUGCAACAAAUUCAUCUUGCGCUUCGAGCCCACAAAAAGUAUCACCAGUACAGAAGGUACCGCCAGCUCCUGAUACUAUGUCGCCAAUUUUAUCUGAUUCAGACCAGUUGUCUGGCGGUUCGGCAACUCCAGAUAAUGCAGGUCAUAAGAAUUGCGAACAGUGUGAGUCAAACAGGGUUCGAGUUGCUGAGUUGGAACAGGCGCUUGCUGCGAAACAUGCAGAACUGAAAAGCACUCGUGAACUUAUGCGUAGGAUUAGCGCGAUAGCUGGCUCAUUAUUAGAAUCUUGUACGGACUUUGAUAAACAGUGGGUUUCCCAUAGUAGAAAGGUAUAUUCACAAAUCCAGUCAGUUAUUUGUAACAUGGAAUGA